UGAAUUGCAUCAAGGUCCACUCGACUGUGCCAAGGUCAAAGCAGCACUAGAAGCAGGCGCUUGUGUUUUUGUUCCGUAUCCUUUUCAAACGAAUUUUAUUACAGCGUUGGUAAGCCGUUAAGGCAUUUGUAACAUUUUAAAACGAAAUGUUAAGCUACUUCUUACAUAAUUUCUAGAAAAUAGGUUAUUACAUUUCAUUCGAGAUUUGUUUUCUUUCUGCUUGUAUUGUUUUGUUUUUGUAUAAAAGCUAAAGCAUUUGCUUUUGCAACUUUACUAAACAGCUGAUUUGCGUUUGGCAAUCGGUUUGACAUUUGAUAGACGUCGGAUUGACAUUUGCGCUUAUUUUUGCUUGUAUGAUCUUUCCACCAAAUUGUCGGGAAGGACUUGCUAAUUUGUGAUUAUUAAUAUAUUUUCGUCCAUAAAGAAGGGUAAAUUGGUGCAAAAUGACAACCGAAGAAGAACAAAUACAAGUGCUGCCGGUGAAGGAACCGCUGGACCUCAUUCGGCUCAGUCUGGACGAAAAGGUGUACGUAAAGAUGCGCAAUGAACGAGAACUACGAGGACGUUUGCAUGCGUUUGAUCAGCAUCUGAAUAUGGUACUUGGUGAUGCAGAGGAAACAGUAACCACUGUAGAAAUAGAUGAGGAAACCUAUGAAGAAGUAUAUAAAACAACCAAACGUACGAUCCCGAUGCUGUUUGUGCGUGGUGAUGGUGUUAUUUUGGUAUCGCCACCUAUGAGAGUGGGCUAAAAAAUACAGCUUUAAUAUUUAAAGCAAAUAAAUUGUUAAUUAAAAAAAUUAUGUCAGUAUAAAUAAAUAUAUGUGCGC